AUGGAAGGAUUUGCUUUGUUUAUGGUUGCACUUGUUUCAAUGGGCAUCACCAACCUAGCAAUGGUUCCUGAGAAAACAAGUCGGAAUGUGUCUGCUAUGUACGUGUUGGGUGAUUCUUCUGUGGAUUGUGGCUCCAACACUCUCUUUUACCCUAUCAUCCAUUUAAAUCUUUCCUUACUUCCUUGUAAUGGUUCCAAUUCCAUCCUUCUUCCCUAUCUUCUUGCUAAGAAAAUGGGUUUACCAUACGCCGAGCCAUUCUACGCCCAGAACGGAACCAUCGAUGGCUUGCUAAACGGUGUGAACUACGGUGCAGCCCACGCAACAAUCCUUAGCCCCACUAGCCUUAGCCACCAGUCUCUUAACCACCAGCUAAGGCAAGUAUUCGAGACGGUUCAACUAUUGGAACUUCAACUCGGCCAUGAAAGCUCUCGCCAUUUCAUCAGAUCCUCCCUCUUUUACCUCGCAUUCGGCAAAGAUGACUACAUAGAUCUCUUUCUCCGCAAUUUCUCAGGUGUAAUGGCUGAAUACAAUGGCCCUCAAUUUGCUGAAAUUUUAGUUAACCAAAUGGUACAUGCAGUGAUGAACCUGUAUGAUAUGAAUGUGAGAAAAGUUGUAUUAAUGGGGAUACUGCCUUUGGGAUGUGCUCCAAGUUUACUGUUCCAAUGGCACAUUGAUGAUGCAACAGGCUGCGUUGAGAUGAUAAAUGAAGUGGUUUUGAGGUAUAAUGUACUGCUAGAAAAGAGCAUUGUUAGGCUCAAUGAAGAGUUGCCUGAUGCACAUCUCGUCUUUUGUGAUCUUUACCAAGGAGUCAAGAAGAUCAUAACUUAUCCACAUUUCUUCGGAUUUGAGGAUGCAAAGAAUGCAUGCUGUGGGCUUGGUUUGUAUGGUGCAGAGAUUGGGUGCGUGACUUCAGAUAUAGCCUGCAACACUGUUUCAGCAAAUGUGUGGUGGGAUCUCUAUAACCCAACACCCAAAGUUAACUCAUUGCUUGCUGAGUCAACAUGGUCCGGUCAACAACUCCUCUCCAACAUUUGCCGUCCAACUACAAUCCGUGGUCUGGUUUAAUCUUCAGUGUCCCCUCCCACUUGACCCUCCUCACUCAUCUUCACCAUU